AUGUUCGUCCCGGCAAGCGUAGAUGUUGCCCUCCCAAUGAUGUUUCUGCUGUGGUUUUGCUGGGGGAUCUGGCCAUCUGCCAGGAAAAAAGGCGGGUCUACGACGAUCAAUUUUGCUUUGACGUAUGUUUGUUUCCAGGUGCUCUCAUCCUUCUUUCUCUGCUUCACCCUCGGCAUGGCAAAUCCUCAGAACACACUGCAUUUCGAUGCUCGGCAAUUCCAUGCCGUUUUUGCCAGCGAGCUGUCGGAGAACUCUCCCGCGGUGCUCAUUGCCCUUUUGGGCGGUCUCUUGCUUUGCUCCGGUGAUUUCAUCAUGGCGAAAGCUAUCGAAGUGCUUGGCUUAUCUGUCGCAUGCCCCAUUGGUUUUGGGACUGCAAUGGUCUUCGGCACUGCCCUCAGCUACUUUCUCGAUUCCGGGCCAAAAGCCGAUGCAAGGCUGCUCUUUCCUGGACUUGGUGCCUGCCUUCUAGGAAAUGUCUGCAACGCCGCUUCUGCAUGGGACGUGUCGUGCAUCCGGGAAGGCUUUGGCAACACCCGGUCAAAACGCCAGAUCUCCACUCUGCAACCGGGAGGGCAUGACGAAGCGCUUGGUGGCAAUCCGCUGGAUGCUGGGACAUAUCCCGUGAAGAGCAUCAGUUGGCUGGAGCCGGAGGCGGAGGAUCCUUCUCCCGAGCUUGUGGAUGAGGUGCCCGAUGAGGCAUUCUGGGUCUGGAGCCCGGACGCAGACUUCUGGAGUCCGGACCUGCCAUCUGGGCCUGAGCCUCCAAACCCAAUCGAAAAGCCAAGCGACAACGCAGAUCUCACAGAGACAAGCGCGCACAACACGGACGAGGUCGUAGAAUCGAACGAACCUCAGUGCGUGCAGGUCGUGUCAACGGUGUUUGAGUCCGAGAGCUCCAAGUAUAAGCGGAGCCUGCACAAGCGUAGCGCGGCCAACUGGGACUUGGACGAGCUGGAGACUCACAGCGCUGCCGCCUUCCUCAUACCAAUUGCUGCAGGAUUCUUUCUCGGAAGCCCCGGCCCGAUCAGCACGGCCGCGCACAUGAUUGGACAGCUCUCUCCGUUCAGCCAGCUCUUCUGCUUCAUGUUUGGGCAGCUCAUAUCCAUCUUUCCCUUGGUUUCGGGCGUCACCUGGGUUUCCCAUUGCCACCAGCGCCGACAGGGCCGCUCCGUACUGACGAUACCCUGCGCGGUGUGGAGAGGCUAUGUCACAGCGUGCCGCGAGCGACGGAAGGCAGUGCUCUGUGACGCCUUCGCCGGCUGUUGCGUCGGGACGGGACAGUUCCUGUUCCUGGUAGGUUCACCAGUCGUCUCCAAAGCGGUCGGCUUCAUGUUUGGAACCUCGAGCCUGCUCCUGUCGGUUCUAAUGGGCAUCGUGGUGUUCAAGGCACGGUCAUUAACAGCAGCUUCGCUUCGAAGACCCAGCAAGCGGCCAUGGUAG